UUGAGCUACAUAGCAGAUGGGAAGAAAUGACUUUAGAAAAUUUCAAGAGAGUCCUUAGUCAUUAUUUUGGAUCAUAUGCUGAUCUCUUUAGUCACAUUUACUUUGAUUAUGGAUCACUCAUUGUUAAGAUGCUGAUACCAACCUCAAUAUACCAGUUUGUAACAGAUAUACUAAUUGCCAAAAGAAGCUCAAUGAAUGGAAUUGGCAUUUUUCAAGUUGCUGUCAAUAGAAGGACAAUGUUGAACAUAGAUGACACUGAUAUUAAUUUUGAAAAGUCACUUAUGAAUUCAAGAGAUGAAAGUUUUGAGGUAACAAUGCUAUUAAAAUUAGGAGCUAGUAAAGAUGAUAUUGAUCCUUUAGUCUCACUGUAUUCUUUGCCACAAAGGAGAUGGCUAUGCUUUGUGUAGAAGAGGAAAACUAUUUUUUUUAACAAUUGUAGUGGCACUAGUACUACUGAUAACCAAUUUUAGAAAGUGUGCCACAUCUUACUAUCUCUUUACAGUGUACAUUUUAAUCACUACAACAAUUGCUAUCUUACUUGAGGAGUAUCUCCUUGCUGCAUCUUUUAUAGCAGGUUCAAAUGGAGGAUUUGCAGUACUUAUUCUUUUUGAAAUGUAUAUUAAAUUUACCGGAAUGAAAUAUUUAGAUCAUGUGUGUACAUCAGUUGGGAUAACAGGAGUAUUUUUAAUAAUAUUAUUUGCUUAUUCCUUCUAUUUUACACAAUUUAUGCCUAUUUUUCUUGGAGCAACAAUAGGAGCAGCAGGUACUGUUCUUAUACUAUCAGGUGAUGAUUUGUCCUGCACUUGCUUUGCAUUUGUAAUUGGUGUAAUGAUUGGAGUAGUAACUGGAGCAAUUUUUGAACCAAUCGGAAAUAUUAUGUUCAUUUUCAUUAUCAUUUUGCCUGCAGUAACCAUUAUGUGUGGAUUAUUACUUUAUUUAUAUAAGUUCAAGCGAGUGAAGCGACUGAAGCUAGUAUUUGACCUUCCAAUUCGCUUCCCAAAAGAGGUUGAACUUGACCAUUUAACAGAGGCCGAACUUCACCUUCCAACAAAGACUGAACUUCACCUUCCAACAAAGACUAAACUUUAGCUUCCAACAGAGGCUAAACUUCCUACAGAAGUUAGGUUAU